AUGGAAGACGAUUCAUCUUCUUCACCUCAACAAAAACUGAAUCGUAACAAUAAAUGCGGAGUUCGAGUUAUUGGUAACAGAAUUUACGAUUCUGAAAAUGGCAAAACGUGUCAUCAGUGCCGGCAAAAAACAAGGGAUUUUUGUGCUGCAUGUAAGAAUCCAAGGAAUGGGAAGCCUUGUACCAUUAAGUUCUGCCACAAGUGCCUCUUGAAUAGAUAUGGGGAAAAGGCAAAAGAGGUUAAUUUAUUGAAUGAUUGGAUGUGUCCCAAGUGCAAAGGCAUUUGUAACUGCAGUUUUUGCAUGAAAAAACGAGGGCAACAGCCUACGGGUUUACUAGCUCAUACAGCCAAGAAAUCCGGUUUUCACUCUGUGUCAGAUAUGCUUAGCAAGAAGGCUUCUGAAGGUUUGGAAUUGAACUCCGUGUCAGAUAUGCUUAGCAAGAAGGCUUCUGAAGGUUUGGAAUUGAACAAUGCUGCUAUUUUGCCUAAAGAGGAUGGUACUUUGAAAAAGGAGCUUGUAUUGGGUCUAUCUGGGGAACCUGAGAAGGAGAACACCUUAGGUAAAAUUAAUGCUUUAAAGGAUGGUGAUAAGAAAAGCAAGAAAGUGAAGCGGGAAAACUUAAAGGAAAUAUCUAAUGGCAGCAGUGUUGAUGUUGUUUGCCAAAACAACAAAUCAAAAAAGCCUAAACUGUGUAAUGGAAAUGAUAAUAUGGAAACAAAAGUUGAGGAGGAUCAUGAAAAACUUAAGGAAGAGAUUCCUUUACCCAUUGGCACCGAAAUUACAAAAAUAUUAGACAUUGAGCUUGCACAAGAAGAUGUUGGGAAUGCAUUGCAGUUUUUAGAAUUCUGCAGAGUGUUUGGAAAGGCUCUUGAUGUCAACAAAGGAAAGGCGGUAGCUGUUUUAAGGGCAUUGAUCCGUAAGCAAAAUUUGCGACGUGGACAAAAUACCUUAGUGGUUGAGUUUCAAAUCAAAUUGUUGACUUUUAUAGUAUCUGAUUCAGAAAUUGAGUCUUCACCCUUGACCGCUAGCAGUGGAAAAAAUUCAUGGUUGAAAGUUCUGGAGGAAUUGAUUAAUGAAUCUGAUUUUAUACUAAAAGAAUUUCCUUUGGAUUGGCUUAGUAAAGGUAUUAGUGGAUAUUAUAAUUUGGACUUAUCGAAAAAGCUUAUCCUUCUGAAUUUUAUCUGUGAUGAAGCUCUAGGCACAAUGAAGCUAAGGAGUUAUAUUGAUCACGAAAAUGAAAGAUUUGCCAAAGAAAAGAAAGCAGCGAAAGCUAAGGUUGCUGAAGCUAAGGGAAAGGAAAGAAGUCUUAAGCAAAAGCUACAAGACGAGAUGGCAAAAGCUGUUGUACCAAAUGUAGCUAACCUCUCAAUUUCAGCACAUGAUGCUCUUCUUGCAACAAUAAAAAGUGAGGCAGCAAAAGCUCAUACUGAGUUGAUUGAGGCACAAGGCACAGUUCCUAAAGAACACGAUGCUCUUCUUGCAACAAUAAGGAGUGAGGCAGCGAAAGCUCAUACUGAGUUGAUUGAGGCACAGGGCACAGUUCCUAAAGGGAACCAAUGUUGUGAUGCAGUGAGAAUUAAACAUCAGUACAUGGAUAACAGUGGUAAGACAUUCUGGAAAUUAAGAAGCUGUGAUGAUGAAUAUGCUUUCUUGUUACAAGAUAUCAAGACUGAUAAUGGUGAAGAUGCUGUUAAAGUUGAUGAAAAAUGGUUUGCUUAUGUAGCUGAGCAGAAAGACGAGGUCAAUAAGUACAUUUCCUCUAGGAGAGAUUGGUUACCAAAGCUGACUUCAGUAUAA